UACUUGAAGUGUUACAUUUCCUCCUUCAUUCUAAAUGUAAAUAAUACAAUUUCCAAACUAUUGCAAUUGUAGCUGGGUAAAGAAGAGCUUCCAACUUUGCGUUGUCCUCACGAAAAGCAUCUCCAACUCAUAUAUGUGGAAGUGCAGAAAUGAACCUGCUUGUGCAUGUUUCCAUUCACCUUCUGCAGCUUCUGAUUAACCAUUGAAUCAGCUUGCAAAACACAAGAGAGUUUUUCAGCAAGAGGCAUUGGCAGAAUCAAGUUCACUAAUGUCUUUCGAAGAUGUUAACGCUGCUGUUAGUGAGUUUGCUAGGAGAUUUAAUCACAGUCACUACCAUCCGUUGCAUUUAGCAAUAUUAAAAGGAGAUUGGGAAUCUACAAAGGCUUUUCUUGACAAUGACCCAAGUGCAUUGACAGCAAAGGUCACUGCAAUUGGUGGGACUGCACUUCAUGCUGCAGCUGUAGGAGGGCAGUGGCAAAUUAUUGAGAAGUUGGUGCAACAUGUGCCUGCACAAGUACUUUCAGAUCUGGACUUGAUGGGUUGUACUUGCCUGCACUAUGUUGCAAUGGGCGAAAGCACAAGUGCUGCCAAGGCAUUGGUUGCUAAAAAUCCUUCUCUGACACAACUUACUGACAAGAAAGGAUUCACACCACUUAUCUAUAGUAUUACCUCUUCUAAAUGCAAAGAGAUGGUGUGGUACUUUGUUUUGAAUACUACAGACGAGGAACCUGGCUGUCCAUUCUCGGGUCCUUCUGCUGAUCAACUUGUUGCUUUGCUAACUGCUGCAGGAUUUCAUGAUAUCACUAUGUAUCUUCUCCAGCGCUACCCAAAUUUGGCUACUCUCUCAGAUUCAAAUGGAAGCAUUAUACUUAAUGUUUUGUCAAAAUUGCCCACGGAAUUCCAAAGUGGAAAUAAGCUUGGGUUUUGGAAAAGAUGCAUUUACCACUGUGUGCCAAAUGAACUUGAUUUUUUACCACCAAGUCAUCUGAGAGGAAAUUUGAAAGAUUCUUAUGGGAAUUCAAGCCAUCACCAAUCUCAUUUUGGUGGUACAAUAUGGAAUGCAAUUCAGAAUAUUGUUCCUGGCAUAAAGCUAGUCAGAGAGACAAAGUUGAGACACAUAUCUUCUGUGAGAUUGGUGGAAUUUGUUUGCAGACAGGUUUCAACCACAAAUGACUCUGAAUUCUGGCAGUCUCAUAUGAGUGCAGACAUUAUUUUCAAUGCCACUUCAUCUGGCAUAGUUGAAAUUUUAAGGAUUUGUUUCCAGUUUUUUCCUGAUUUGGUUUGGACUCACAUGCCACAUGAAGGAUUUGUAGCUCAAAUUGCCAUCAAGAAUCGGCAAGAAAAGGUUUUUAGUCUUAUAUGCGAGAUGCCUAUAGUUUGCAAGUUUUUAAUCCUGGCAUUAGAUGAGUCACAGAACACCACAUCACAUUUAGCAGCAAGGUUUGCUUCUCCUCAGCUGGCAUCAAUUUCUGGUGCAGCCUUUCAAAUGCAAAAAGAGUUACAGUGGUUUAAGGAAGUAGAGAAAUGGGAUCACCCUCUUCAUAAGGAAGUUAAAGCCAAAGAUGGUAAAACUCCUUGGCAAUUGUUCAGGGAAGAGCAUAAGCCUUUGCUAGAAGAAGCAAAGAAUUGGAUGAAGGAUACAUCAAACUCUUGUAUGUUGGUGGCAACUCUUAUUGCUACAGUUGUAUUUGCUGCUUCUAUAACUGUACCUGGAGGAAACAACCAAGACAAAGGAUUUCCAAUAUACUUGUUAGAUAACACAUUCAUGGUGUUUAUUGUGUCAGAUACAUUAGCUUUGUUUUCCUCCAUGGCUUCUCUACUGAUGUUUUUAUCAAUCCUAACAGCACGUUACACGGAAGAAGAUUUUCUCAGGAGAUUACCUGAGAGAAUAAUAUUGGGUCUGGCUUCUUUGUUCUUUUCUAUAGUAACUACAAUGAUAGCAUUUGGAGCAGCUCUGGAUUUGUUGCUAAGGGAGAGACUGCAAUGGGUGGCAAUUCCAAUUGCUCUUCUGGCAUGUGUCCCGGUUGCUCUAUUUGCGAGGCUUCAACUUCCUUUGUUCAUACAAAUGAUCAUAUCAACUUAUGGUUCUCGCAUAUAUCAUCAUCAAAGUCUUUGGUAAGGCUUUGGUGUUGUUCCAAAAUAUGAAAAACAAGACAAAGCAUGAAAUACAAAAAAGUAUUAGUAGGGUCAACAGGUGAUGGCUUCUUUGGCUUUGGCACUUUCACCCGCCUUUUGGAAUUUGUUAUUCUUGAGUAUGAUAGUCAGUAGUUUUUUUUUCCUACACCAAUUUUGAAAAGACUAGCUAGUCUUCUAAGAUAUUGUCACUAGUAAUCUCUCAAAAAUCAAUAAACUUAUCUUCGUGUAUAUAGUUGGUCCUUUCUAAGGACAAAAGUGGCGAUGCCUUAUAUUUUUAUGUACUAGUUUGAAAACACUUUUUAGAAAGAUAAAUAGUCAGUGUAAUAUUUGGAGUGUUACAGGAUAUUAAUUAGCUAUAUUAGUUGUAUUAGUUGAAAUUAGGUUGUUA